UAGUUUGAAGUGUCUCAAGCCGGGUGCUUAUCAGAUGUCAAAUAAAUAAUAAUAUGUACAAGGACGUCUGCAUAUCUCUGCUAAAUGAAUAAAACGUAAAAUAUAAACGUGGACUAAGCCUAUCUUUUCCCUCUCUGGCUCAAGUUCCCUCCCAUCGCAACGCCCUCCAAGUAAAUAACUGGCCUCCUUCACGUCCGCUCACGUAUAAUAAACAUCUCGGCGCUGAAAGAGCCAAACCAUUCUCUAGAAUUCCAUUCACUACAUUUAUAAUCGCAUAGCGAAAUCACCAUGUCAGGAAGAGGUAAAGGAGGGAAAGGACUCGGAAAAGGAGGCGCCAAGCGUCAUCGCAAGGUUCUUCGUGAUAACAUCCAGGGCAUCACCAAACCCGCCAUCCGCCGCCUUGCUCGUCGCGGUGGCGUUAAGCGUAUUUCGGGCUUGAUCUACGAAGAGACUCGCGGUGUGCUCAAAGUGUUCCUGGAGAAUGUGAUCCGUGAUGCGGUGACAUACACCGAACACGCCAAGAGAAAGACCGUGACCGCCAUGGACGUGGUUUACGCUCUGAAACGCCAGGGACGUACUCUGUACGGCUUCGGCGGCUAAAUUGAGAGAAAACAAACCUAUUU